AUGCCUCCUCGUGCUAUUAACAGCCCCAAGAAGAAGAGGUCGAAGCGCAAAGGCUCAGAUGCUUCAACUGGCAGGGCAGGUGUACCCAAAAAAUCUCGUCAGGCUACGGACCUCACCGAAACACUCAGCGUACCACUUGUUUCCCUUGGCCUUGCUGAAGUUGAAGAUGGUGCUCCACGACGUUCUGGCCGCCCCAAUGCAGGGACCGGAGGUAGGAACAGCCAGCUAGAAAAGAUUGGUGCAGUCCUUGAGUCUCAGUCUCGAAGUCGUCCUCCCAAGGGCUCCACGUCCCUCAGUCCUAAUAUCCCAGUGAACCCUCAGGCUCCGGAACCAGCUCGUAAAGGACGGAAGGGUCGUUCAAAGGUCAGGCAUGCGGUUCCUCCGCCUUAUAGUUCACUCACGGUUACCAAUGGUCCUGCGAGCAUUGAUAACACAGGUCCUGGUCUUUCAAUGCACCAACCUGGCGGAAGGUUUGGUUUCAUUGCUCCUCCUAGUGCUGGCCGUAGUCUUCACGAGGCUAACAAUCCACAUGUCACUGUUGGCUCGAAGGCUGUCAAGAAGCGUGCUACGAAAGUAGCUCGUGAUCCAAACCCACGCAAUAUCAUACCGCCACUCACCACCUUCGUGGAACAAAACUUGGAUCCGGCCCUUUUCGAGGAGGACAACAAUGUCAGGCGUCAACCUAUACUGCGAGAAUCCCAGCUAUUGAACAGUGGACCCAAAGUCAGCAGCACCAACGACAGCGAUGACGAAGACGAGGACGAGGACGAGGAUGGAGACGAGGAUGAGGACGAGGAUGGGGAUGAGGACGAGGAUGGGGAGAGGGAAGAGGACGAGGAUGAGUCAGACGAGGAUGAGCACACCAAUGAGAAUGGGUACCAACGUCACAAUGGCCAUCCAGCAAACUCUCAAUCCUCGACCGUCCACCAGAACAGUGACUCCCAGGAGUGCAACGGCAACAACAGACACAAUGUUCUGAGUGAUCGUUUGCAUACCUCGAAGCCUAGCGACGUAUUGGAGUCCCACCACAAGAAAAAUGGCCAGCCCCGCCUUCCCGACCCUGAAACUCUUGAGCUGCUUCAUCAAGUAGCCGAGCACGCUGAUGACCAACAGGCUCCCCGGAGAAACAGAAAGAUGAAACGGUCAGAAGACGGGCCCAAACCUACUCUAUUAGCUUGGUACGGGCCGCGCUGGAAAAGCUUCCUUGAGCACACCAAGGGAGAAUGUCGUGUGGAACACGCACUUGACGAUCCAUUCCCGAGUUUUGUUGGUGAUCUUCCAGGGUCAGUAACUGAAGUUCUCAUUGCAACUUUAGUCAUUUGGGACAAGGAAGGAAAACAAUUCGAAGCUGGGGUUUGGCCGGAGCAAAAGUGUAACAUGGCUCGAUUGUUAUAUGACGAUCUUUCGACCUGGCGAUCAGAACUCAAGAAAACUGCCAUAGGCUUAGCACCUCUUGCAUACUCACUUGUUCCCCCCGCAUCAGUCCCCGCUCAAGAACGUGCAACGUGGGUCCAGAAUGCUGCUUCGCAAUUACUUUCGGAAUCCGAGUUUUUACGGUUUGGAUUGGAUGCAUUGGGCAAAACAAGGAAUUUCGCUCAUCCUGGCCUUCGUGACGCAGUUAUUGGAUUCUUUUACACAGGGCCGUAUCGAAUUGCCCGGAAGAGGCCAGAUAUCUUUCGCAAGCAAUUGCCCAUCUCAUGUUUGGCUUUGGUUUCCGCUGCGUACAAUUGUGUCCUCGACGGUCUCGUCAAAAACGGUCACGGCAAAUCUUAUCCCAAGUUCUCCGCCAAGGAAUACGGCCCGAUAUACCGCCAGAUGGUCAGAAUGAUCGAUCAAAUUCUUCAACAUCCAUAUCACGGUCCCAGGGCCGCAUGUCUAAAACUUGAUGGCGCUGAGGAGACCAAACACACCCAUCUACAAAUCGUCCUCGACUAA